AUGGAGAACAAACCAAGUGUAUUAACUGAUAGAUACGAGGUUGGUAGAUUACUAGGUCAAGGUACUUUUGCCAAAGUUUAUUACGGAAGAACUGUUCAUACUAACGAGAGUGUAGCUAUCAAAAUGAUUGAUAAAGACAAAGUCUUGAGAGUUGGUCUUAGUGAUCAGACCAAAAGAGAGAUCUCUGUAAUGAGAAUCGCUAAACACCCAAAUGUCGUCGAGCUAUACGAGGUUAUGGCGACAAAAUCGAGGAUUUACUUUGUUAUUGAGUAUUGUAAAGGUGGAGAGCUUUUCAAUAAAGUUGCUAAAGGGAAAUUGAGAGAAGAUGUUGCUUGGAAGUAUUUUUAUCAGCUUAUCAAUGCGGUUGAUUUUUGUCACAGUCGAGGUGUGUAUCAUCGCGAUAUUAAACCCGAGAAUCUCUUGUUAGAUGAUAAUGAUGAUCUUAAGGUUUCUGAUUUCGGGUUAAGCGCGCUUGCAGAUUGUAAGAGACAAGAUGGUCUUUUGCAUACUACUUGUGGUACACCUGCUUAUGUCGCUCCUGAAGUUAUUAACCGCAAAGGAUACGAUGGUACGAAAGCGGAUAUUUGGUCUUGUGGGGUUGUUUUGUUUGUUCUUUUGGCUGGUUAUUUACCUUUCCAUGACUCUAAUCUUAUGGAGAUGUAUAGGAAGAUAGGUAAAGCGGAUUUUAAGUGUCCGAGUUGGUUUGCUCCAGAGGUUAAGAGGCUCUUGUGUAAGAUGUUGGAUCCUAACCAUGAGACUAGAAUCACUAUCUCAAGAAUCAAGGAGAGUUCUUGGUUUAGGAAAGGAUUACAGUUGAAGCAGAAAAAGAUGGAGAAACAAGUCAGAGAGGCUAAUUCGGUGGAAGCUGGAGGUGAUUCAGGUCCAAGUGAAAACGGAGAAAACCACGAGCCGCCACAGCUUGCAAACUUGAAUGCUUUCGAUAUCAUCGGUUUGUCUGCGGGGUUUGAUCUUGCAGGACUUUUUAGAGAUGUAUACGACAAGCGAGAAUCUAGAUUCGCAUCUAGGAAACCUGCUUCGGUGAUCAUAUCAAAGCUAGAGGAGGUUUCCAAAAGCCUGAAGUUGAAGAUAAGAAAGCAAGACGCGGGUUUGUUCAAACUCGAAGGAUCAAACGAAGGAAGAAAAGGAGUUUUGUCGAUAGAUGCCGAAAUAUUCCAAGUGACGGAGACAUUUCACCUGGUUGAAGUAAAGAAAUGUAAUGGGGAUACAAUGGAGUAUCAAAAGCUAGUGGAGGAAGAUCUUAGGCCUGCUCUUGCGGAUAUCGUAUGGGUUUGGCAAGGCGAGAAGGAGAAAGACGAGAAGUAG